GAAUAUACAAAUGCAACAUGAUAUAAAAACAAGAGUAAUCUGAUCCCUAGAUAUGGUUCUGUAAAAAGAAAGAAUAUGUCUUUUCAGCUGGUUUGUCGCCAGCCAUUAAUUAUGUUUUUGAUGUUUUGCUUAUAGAUGUUGAUUUGUAAUAAGCAGCCAGUAAUGCUCCGGAAAUUUGAUAGUGGAGUGAAGGCGAUCCAGACCAAGACGCAUAGUGAUGAUGAGGUAUUUGCAAGAAUCUCAUCACUCGCGCAAAAGCCGGAUGCUCUUCUGAAAGGAAUAAGCCCGAGCGACGCUGCAUUUACACUGGGGAUUGCACCAGCUUUAGCGAAGGAGCAUCUUCUAAAUGCAGAAAACAAAGGUCUCCUCUGCAGGGAUGUCAGCCCAGAUGGAUUCCGCUUCUACAUCAAUUUGUUUAACGAGAUUAAUCCCCAGAAUAUUUAUUCAUGA